UCAAUUAGACCUUAGCGACGCAUCCCAAGCUUCCAUCCUCCACAAACAGCCAUCGGCCCUUCCAGUCUCUCCACUGCUGCCUGUUCCAAUUUAACGGGAGAGAGGAGCGAGAGUGGUUAGGAUCAUCUUCAGCCAGAGAGGACAUUAUAUCUUCAGCUUCUUCUUGCGUUGUCACCCCGGUGGGAGGUGUGCCAACAGGGCUUGCAACAGGUUUUAAUGCUGGUGAAAGAUGAUAAUGAUGGCAGUUUGGGCAGCAGUGCUAAUGACAUAUGGAGUCUCCAUAGGAAUCACAAAGAACUCUGCUGAACUUUGGAUAAAAAGUCGAGUUCCACUGGAUUUGGCUCCAAAUGCGGUUGAUGACAUGUACACUGGUUGCAAAUACAAGAUGGAGUGCAGAGUUAAGGAGUACCUCGCGAACGAGAAAAACCAGGACAAAAAUUUCACCCUGGCCUGGAGCCUAGCAGAACAAUACUACAACAAAAAAUGGAAGCGUAGAAAGGGAAAUCAACCUUCCACAUCUCUGGGAAAAGAACAGAUUAUGGCUAUUUAUGUUUAUACUCUUGACAAGCCAAACAUCUACUUUGAUUUCAAUAAUGCAGUUCGAACACAGAAAUCUAAUUAUAAGACCACAUUUAGAUAUCACACACUUCACUUUUUCCUGACUGACGCACUCCAAACUCUUAACGCUCGCAAACCUGAAGAGGAAAGAUGUCUCACUGGCUACCGCAGGGUCAACAGCUACUUUAGCCAAGAUGUUCUCAACAAGGUGAUUCGCUUUGGCUCUUUUACCUCCAGCUCAAUGGGUUGGUACCCCAGCGCUGAAAGAUUUGGAGACAAAUCAUGCUUUAAGAUUUUAACAUGCUCUGGAGCAGACGUCUCUCUGUACUCUAAGCUCGGAGAGUCAGAGAGAGAAGCCCUGAUUCCUCCUUAUGAGGUCUUUAAAGUCAUAAAGAUUGAGAGGAGAUCUGGCCAGAAGAGGCUUCCAUGUGCGGUGGUCUAUAAACUGAAAAGUGUAGGAAAAUCGAUUUCAAAUUUGAAUUGUGCACUUUUCUGAAAUAAGCAGUCUCACACACAAUGUGAUGUUUACAAAACAUAUUAGGCUGCACCAGAAUGGUGAUUUCACAUAAUUUUCAAAAUGCAUGUGGAUAUAAUUUAAAUAAAAUAUGACUGUCAUUGUGCUAGCAUCUUAAUAUACACAUAGGAAAAGCCAUUAUUUAAAUAUUUGCAUGACUAACAUUUUAAAAGCCAAAAAGUCAGAUGUGAAGUUGUAGAUCCCUGUGUAGCUGCGUUCUGUGUUGUACUGUAUUUUCCUUGUCAUCUGCACUUAGAUAAAUUCAAUGCAUUAAAGAAUUGUAAAAUCCUCUAAAAUGUAAUACAAUAACCUUGUUUCAUAAAUUG